CGCCUCUAGACACAAAGCCAUUGAACGCUCUGCAAACCUGUCCGGGAUCAGAAAUCACAGAGAACGACGUCAUUAAAACGGCCGUCAUACGCGAUACCAGCAUACACCCUUCUCAACACCUAGAAAAAAAGCAAAAUCCUCUAUAUACACACACAUCUCCCACCCCCAACCUGUCUCCUCACAGAAACACGACACGUUCCGGCCCACCAACCCCCUAACCGGCCCCCAAUGUCUCGCUACCUCCGCCACCUCCGCACCACCCCGAUCGCCAACACCGGCAGCGUCGCACGUGACCACCUCGCCAACGAGCGCACCUUCCUCGCGUGGACCCGCACCGGGCUCGGCUUCGUAGCUCUCGGCGUAGCUCUCGCAAAGCUCGACGCCCUGGAAGCCCUAUCGCCGAUGCUGAAGCACGACCAUGGCGACCUGAAGAUCCAGGCGACGGCGUUGGUGGCAUCGGGGACGGGCUGCUUGACGUAUGGGACCACGCGGUACUUUGCGUCGCUGCGGCUGCUGCAGAGGGGGCUGUUUCGGCCGAAUAUCGCGGGGAUUGCGUUGGUGGCGGUGACGAGUGCGGCGGUGGCGGGGGGU